UGCGUGGAGAUUCUUAGCUUUUGGAACUAUAUUUUUGCCUUAAAACGCAACCACUAUGCCUCACGUCUUAAUUAGUACACAGAUAAGGCUGGCCAGUGGACCGACGACUUGCGGUGACGAAUGGGCAGACAAAGAAAUAAUGAAGUAUCUGGGAGCACAAUUGGUGCACACGUUUGGAAAUAACUUUAAAGAGUACAUUUCAUAGGAUCCACCUCGUGUAGUGCUCAACAAACUGGAGCAGAUAGGUUACAAAGUUGUUACGGCAACUGGUGUCGGCCAGACAAUUAUCUGGACUCUGCACAAAGCUGACGAUGAUCAGGAGAUAUUAGAUAACGGGAAAGCCGACAGAUAAACAUGAAAAUUCUUGUCUUCCAAUGAAUCAAGCUUUGAGUGCAAACACACUCACUGAAGCUACAAGUAGCUUUGGAUGGAAAAUUUUCUUGCACAGAUAAAUAAUGCAAAAGGACAAACAAAGGGGAAAUAUUAAUACUUUAUUCAUGUAUGACUACGCUGUAGAUAUACUUAUUUAAAUUACCCUGUGAAUAACAGGAAAUCUUGGCACACACAGUUUAAAUAAUUAAAAUACUCAAUAACAAUUAUUGAGUGUUUUAUUAUAGUUUGAACCAUACAAAUGUACAUAUAUUGUCUGCAUGUCAAUUAAGUCAUUAAAAAAUAAAAUGCUGUAGACUAGACAUCCUAUUUGUAUUCCCUGUACAAGAGGCAAGUUUGGAAUUUAUUCAGUCUUAUUUUCUAUGCCAUAAUGUAAAACUGCACAAUAAUUUGUAACCAAAGUCAUUUUGUUAGUCUGAACACAAGUUCAUUUCAAUUCACUUGAUAGAUGUUGGUUCAGUUGUUUACCAACUCAUACUACAUGUACAUGUAUUUAUUAACUUUGUGAACUUAAUAAAAGUCUCUUGCUGUUGUUGUUUUA